CUUUGGAACUAAGUUUGAAAGGCACUUUGCUAAACGUCUCCUGACUGGUGUUUGCUUUCUGUUUGCGCUCAGAUUUGUUGCAUCGCCAGUCGUUCCAAAGGUUAGAGCAGACUUGGGUCAUGUAACUGCAUUUCAGAAAACCGAAAGGAAAGCGAGGGUCAGAAUGUUUUUGUACAGCCAAGGCUAAGGGUUUGCCUUGAAAGCUCAUCAGCAUGUUAUUUGACAGUGAGCAGUAAUGUUUGUCUAAGAGGAUUGCUGGCCAGAAAUAAGCCACGGCGUCUAAUGAGACCCGGGGCCGGCCGGGCAGGAUGCCACGGCGUUUCUUGCGGGUGCCUUUCUCAUGAGCAAGAUGGCCUCACGCUGAAGAGGAUGGUCACGAAGUCUGAGGAGUUAGGCUGCGUGGAGAUCUGAGGAAGCCCCGGCUUUUGAAAUGAGGGACUCUGUGCAGCUGUGAGUUUCUGCAAAUCAAAUGGGGAAUGUCUGUGGAUGUGUCCGAGCCGAGAAAGAAGAACAGUAUCUGGAUCCUGCCAAAACUCCUCUGAGACUUGAAAAGUACUCUGCUGGAAGAAGAAAAUACUUUAGACGGGGCCUGACCAAGAAAGCAGCAGAUGACACAGAGUCAGGAGGGCCUCGGCUUGAUGAUGAAGGGAAGAGAAGCGCCCGCCCGCUCUCUGGAGGGCAGGCAGCCCCCUGGGCCCGGGGGCUGGCGCAGGAGCUGGGGGCCAGCCCCGGCCUCACUCUGCAGGCAGGGGUCCAGCCCCAGACGGCGAGCGGUCAGCGUCACCCUGGGGGCCCUUCUCAACAUCAGGAAACCCAAGUCAGAGUCAGCAUACCAGAGGAAAGGGUUUCAGAAAAAGACAGCACCCCCUACCAUGCAAAGAGAAAGGACCACUUUGAUGAUGUCAACACAAGAAAAAGAACAUUCCAGAGAAAAACGGGUGGCUUUUCUUCACGAAAAGCAGCCAGCUUAAGUUCCAUUCACUGUGGUACAGAGAGAUCACUUGAAAAAGGUGGGUUUUCUGAAGAUCCAUCAAAAAAUGACAGCGGUAUUCAGGAAAAGCAAAACACGGAAAGAUCUUGCCUUCAGGAAGCACACCGUUUCCAGUUUGGAAAAAAGAGAUGUCAUUCCCUCUGUGAUAAUAUGUCCUUCCCUUCCAAGGACACGAAGGAGAUAUCUGAUAUCCAUGUUACUGGUGAGUCAGAAGACAUGUCAGCGAAAGAGAGACUGUUACUGUGGACGCAGCAGGCCACGGAGGGUUAUGCUGGGAUUCGGUGUGAAAAUUUCACCACCUGCUGGAGAGAUGGGAAACUAUUUAAUGCCAUCAUUCAUAAAUACAGGCCGGACCUGAUAGACAUGAAUACUGUUGCUGUUCAAAGCAACCUUGCAAAUUUAGAGCACGCUUUCUAUGUAGCAGAAAAAAUUGGUGUUAUACGACUUCUGGAUCCUGAAGAUGUGGAUGUCUCCUCACCUGAUGAAAAGUCAGUAAUAACUUAUGUAUCAUCUCUCUAUGACGCAUUUCCCAAAGUCCCUGAAGGUGGUGAAGGCAUCGGGGCAAAUGAUGUCGAAGUCAAGUGGAUUGAAUACCAGAAUAUGGUCAACUACCUCGUCCAGUGGAUCAGACACCACGUGGCCACCAUGUCGGAGAGAACGUUUCCUAAUAAUCCUGUAGAACUCAAGGCACUUUACAAUCAGUAUUUACAGUUUAAAGAAACAGAAAUUCCACCAAAGGAGACAGAAAAAUCAAAAAUUAAACGCUUAUAUAAAUUAUUAGAGAUUUGGAUAGAGUUUGGACGCAUCAAACUCCUUCAAGGUUAUCACCCAAACGACAUAGAAAAGGAGUGGGGAAAGCUCAUCAUCGCCAUGCUGGAGAGGGAGAAGGCUCUUCGUCCCGAAGUUGAAAGGUUGGAGAUGUUGCAGCAGAUUGCUAACCGAGUUCAGAGGGGCAGUGUCAUCUGUGAAGACAAACUGUUGCUUGCCCGAAAUGCUCUCCAGUCUGAUUCUAAAAGAUUGGAAUCCGGGCUGCAGUUUCAGAAUGAAGCAGAGAUUGCUGGAUAUAUCCUUGAAUGUGAGAACAUUUUACGCCAGCAUGUAAUUGAUGUACAGAUUCUGAUUGAUGGAAAGUACUACCAGGCAGACCAGUUGGUGCAGAGGGUUGCAAAACUGCGCGAUGACAUCAUGGCCUUGCGGAACGAAUGUUCCUCAGUGUACAGCAAAGGCCGCGUGCUGACGACGGAGCAGACGAAGCUCAUGAUAUCAGGAAUCUCUCAGAGUUUAAACUCAGGAUUUGCACAGACCUUAGCCCCCAGCAUGAACUCAGGGCUGACGCAGGGUCUCACACCUUCCCUGACUCCGUCCAGCGUGACCUCGGGCCUGUCGUCAGGGCUGACUUCCCGCCUGACCCCAUCUGUCACUCCUGCCUAUACGCCUGGCUUCCCAUCAGGGUUAGUUCCAAAUUUCGGCUCAGGAGGGGAGACAAGCACCCUGCAGACUCUGAAGCUGAUGCAGAUCCGAAAGCCCCUUCUCAAGUCGUCUCUGCUGGACCAGAAUUUAACAGAAGAGGAAAUCAACAUGAAAUUUGUUCAGGACCUUUUGAAUUGGGUGGAGGAGAUGCAGGUGCAGCUGGACCGCACUGAAUGGGGAUCAGAUUUGCCAAGUGUUGAAAGCCAUUUAGAAAAUCAUAAAAAUGUCCACCGAGCUAUUGAAGAAUUUGAAUCUAGCCUUAAAGAAGCUAAGAUCAGUGAGAUCCAGAUGACGGCACCUCUUAAACUAACUUAUGCAGAAAAGUUACACAGAUUAGAGAAUCAGUAUGCAAAACUCUUGAAUACAUCCAGGAAUCAGGAGCGGCACCUUGACACACUCCACAAUUUUGUAACUCGUGCAACGAAUGAACUUAUUUGGUUGAAUGAAAAAGAAGAGGAGGAAGUCGCUUACGACUGGAGUGAAAGAAACACCAACAUAGCCCGGAAGAGAGAUUACCACGCUGAAUUGAUGAGAGAACUUGAUCAAAAGGAAGAAACUAUUAAGUCAGUUCAAGAGAUAGCGGAGCAGCUGCUUCUGGAAAAUCACCCAGCCCGGUUAACCAUUGAGGCCUACCGCGCGGCAAUGCAGACGCAGUGGAGCUGGAUCCUGCAGCUCUGCCAGUGUGUGGAGCAGCACGUGAAGGAGAACGGUGCUUACUUCGAGUUUUUCAAUGAUGCCAAAGAAGCCACAGAUUACUUGAGGAAUCUAAAAGAUGCCAUCCAGCGGAAGUACAGCUGUGACAGGUCCAGCAGCAUCCACAAACUGGAGGACCUCGUUCAGGAGUCAAUGGAAGAAAAAGAAGAGCUUCUGCAGUAUAAAAGUACAGUGGCGAGCCUGAUGGGGAGAGCAAAAACAAUUGUUCAGUUGAAGCCCAGAAAUGCUGACUGUCCACUCAAAACUUCUCUUCCGAUCAAAGCCAUCUGUGACUACAGACAAAUUGAGAUAACCAUUUUCAAAGACGAUGAAUGCGUUUUGGCAAACAACUCUCAUCGUGCUAAGUGGAAGGUCAUCAGCCCCACUGGGAAUGAGGCCAUGGUCCCUUCUGUGUGCUUCACCGUCCCUCCUCCAAACAAAGAGGCGGUUGACCUUGCAAACAGAAUUGAGCAGCAGUAUCAGAAUGUCCUGACCCUUUGGCACGAGUCUCACAUAAACAUGAAGAGUGUGGUCUCCUGGCACUAUCUCAUCAAUGAAAUCGACAGAAUCCGAGCGAGCAAUGUGGCUUCAAUAAAGACCAUGUUGCCUGGUGAACAUCAGCAAGUUCUGAGUAAUCUGCAAUCCCGUUUUGAAGAUUUUCUUGAAGAUAGCCAGGAAUCCCAAAUAUUUUCAGGCUCAGAUAUAACACAACUGGAAAAGGAGGUUAAUGUGUGCAAGCAGUAUUAUCAAGAACUCCUUAAAUCUGCAGAAAGAGAGGAGCAAGAGGAAUCGGCUUACAACCUCUACAUCUCUGAAGUUCGAAACCUCAGGCUUCGGCUGGAGAGCUGUGAGGACCGUCUCAUCAGACAGAUCCGCACCCCACUGGAGAGAGACGACCUGCAUGAGAGCGUGUUCAGGAUCUCGGAGCAGGAGAAACUAAAGAAAGAACUGGAGCGACUUAAAGAUGAUUUGGCCACGAUCACAAGUAAAUGUGAAGACUUUUUCAGUCAGGCACCUGCCUCUGCCUCCACGCCCGCCUUGCGGUCUGAGCUCAGCGUGGUUGUCCAGAGCAUGAACCAUGUCUAUUCCAUGUCGUCCACCUACAUAGAGAAGUUGAAAACGGUCAACUUGGUGUUAAAAAACACUCAAGCUGCAGAAGCCCUUGUCAAACUCUAUGAAACUAAAUUGUGUGAAGAGGAAGCAGUUAUAGCUGACAAGAAUAACAUUGAGAAUCUGAUAAGUACUUUAAAGCAAUGGAGAUCUGAAGUGGAUGAAAAGAGAGAGGUCUUCCAUGAGCUGGAGGAUGAGCUGCAGAGAGCAAAGACCAUCAGUGAUGAGAUGUUUAAAACCUACAAAGAGCGUGACCUUGACUUUGACUGGCACAAAGAAAAAGCAGAUCAGUUGGUUGAGAGAUGGCAGAAUGUUCAUGUUCAGAUUGACAACAGGUUACGGGACUUGGAAGGCAUUGGCAAGUCACUGAAGUACUACAGAGAUACAUAUCAUCUGCUGGAUGAUUGGAUCCAGCAAGUUGAAACUACUCAGAGGAAAAUUCAAGAAAAUCAGCCUGAAAAUAGUAAAGCUCUGGCCACACAGUUGAAUCAACAGAAGAUGCUGGUUUCUGAAAUAGAAAUGAAACAGAGCAAAAUGGACGAGUGUCAGAAGUACGCAGAACAGUACUCCACUGCGGUGAAGGACUACGAAUUACAAACGAUGACCUACCGGGCCAUGGUGGAUUCGCAGCAAAAGUCUCCAGUGAAACGACGGAGAAUGCAGAGCUCAGCAGAUCUCGUCAUUCAGGAGUUUAUGGACCUGAGGACCCGAUACACGGCUCUGGUCACCCUCAUGACACAAUAUAUUAAAUUUGCUGGGGACUCAUUGAAGAGACUGGAGGAGGAGGAGUUAUCUGAAGGUACUUGUCAAGGUGGAUUCAUAUGGGCCAUGUCAUUAAUGACAGGAACAAAGUCUAUGCAGAGGCGUCAGGAGGCUUCAGAGCAAGGGGUGUACUCAGACCUGCUCCAGCGGCAGGAGGCGACCGUGCGGGAGAACCGCCAACUCGCGGGGAAGAUCACAGAGCUGGAGAAGGUGCUGGCCGAGCUCGAGAGGCAGAAGUCCCGGGCGGAGCAGGAGCUCCCCAGAGUCCGGGAGGCGGCGGAGGACGCGCUGAGGAGGCAGCGCAGGGACGCGGCGGACAUCGCGCUGCAGAAGGCGCGCGCGGAGAGCGAGGCCCAGCGGUACCGCCAGGAGCUGCAGGCGGUGGAGCGCGACCUGCGCGGCUUCCGGGAGCAGCUGGCGGAGCAUAGCGCUGCCCAGAGGGCGCUGGAGGAGCGUCUGACCAGGAAGGACUGCAGCCUCCAGGAGCUCGAGCGGCAGAGGGGCGAGCUCAUGGCGGAGCUGAGGAGGAAGAAGGCCCAUGAAGCCGAGCUCCUGGAGCUGAUGGAGCGGAUGGAGAAAGACCUCACGUUCCAGAAGCAGGCGGCAGAGAAGCAGCUGGAGGGAAAGCAGAAAAUCGACUCGGAAGCCCGAAGAACAGUAACAGAAAUGCAGCAUCCGUGCAGAGAAAGCGCGCACCCAGCUUGUCCGAAUGCCGAGGCGAAGGACCUGAAGGAGCAGGUGGACGAGCUGAUGGCGGCCAACAGGAGGGCCGAGCAGGACGUGAGGAAGCUGAAGUGUGAACUCGGCGCCCUGCAGCUCGAAAAAACCUCCUCGGAGGAGAAGGCCCGCUCGCUCAAAGAGAAACUGGAUGAGACCAACAAGUCCCUGAGGUGCCUGAAGCUGGAACUGGAAAGGAAGGACCAGGCCGAGGAGGGGUACUCGCGGCAGCUCCAGGAGCUGGGCAGGCAGCUGACCCAGACCACGGGGAGGGCUGCGGAGGUCAGGCGGGAGGCUGCCGACCUCACAAGGAUGAAGCACAGCUAUGAGCUGGAACUGGAGUCGCUGCAGCAGGAGCAGGGCAAGCUCCAGAGGGAGGGGGACCGGAUCAGCAGGACGCAGGCUGCCGCUGAGAGGAGCAUGCAGCAUCUAAACUCACAGGUUACUUCUCCACAGGAUAGCAAGGUGUCCUCUAGAGAAAGAGCAUGGUCCUGCCAGAGAACGUCAGAUAACCUGAAAGAGCAGUUUGAGAAAAGUCACGCACAGUUGCUUCAGAAUAUUCAAGCCGAAAAGGAGAAUAACGAGAAAAUCCAAAAGCUGAAAGAGGAAUUGGAGAGAAGUAAUGAGCAUGCGGACAAGCUCAGGCACAAGGUGGAGGAGCUCACCAGGCAGAAUAACCAAACCAAGUUAACGAUGCAGAGAAUUCAGGCAGAAUCGGCAGAGGUGGUCUUAGAGAAACAAGCCAUCCAGCAAAGAUGCGAAACACUGAAACUCCAGGCGGAUGGUUUCAAAGACCAGCUUCGCACCACCACCGAGCACUUGCACAAACAGACCAAAACGGAACAGGAUUUCCAAAGGAGAAUCAAAUGCCUGGAAGAAGACCUGGCCCAGAGUCAGCAUUUAGUGAGUGAAUUCAAGCAGAAGUGUGACCAGCAAGACCGCAUCAUCCAGAACACAGAGAAGGAGGUGCGAAGUCUGAGCGCGGAGCUGAGUGCAUCCAAAGAGGAGAAGCGCCUCGGGGAGCAGACGGUGCAGAUGCAGCGGGCACAGGUGCAGGACCUGAACAGCAGGCUGAAGAAGGUGCAAGACGAACUGCACUUAAAGACCCUAGAGGAGCAGGUGACCCACAGGAAGAUGGUUCUGUUUCAGGAAGAGUCUGAGAAAUUCAAGCGUUCUGCGGAAGAGUUUCGGAAGAGGAUGGAAAAAUUGAUGGACUCCAAAGAUAUUACAGAACAUGAUAUUUCGGGCAUCCAGCUGGACUUCGUGUCUCUGCAGCGGGAAAACAGCAGGGCUCAAGAGAAUGCCAGGCUCUGUGAGACAAACAUCCAAGAACUUGAGAAGCAGCUCCAGCAGUAUCGCCAGCAGAUGCACCAAGGGCAGGAUGGGCAGGCCCAUCACUACCAGAAGUGUCGGAAGCUUGAGGAUGAGCUGGUGGCCCAGAAGCGGGAGGUGGAAAACCUGAAGCAGAAGAUGGACCAGCAGAUAAAGGAGCACGAGCAUCAGUUAGUGGUGCUCCAGGGUGAAAUCCAGAAAAAGAACACAGCCAUCAAGCCAGACCCUGAGAUGGCAGGGAAAGAGGGUCCAGGCCCCAGGGACCUCCCCUCCACUCCCCCCGUGGCUGGGGUCCCUCUGCAGAGGUGGACUCAGGAACCACAGCCCUCGGAGGAAAGAUGGCAGCGUUGGGGUGCAGAGCAUGUACAGAAGGAGAUCCAGGGCAGGCCAUCAGGGGCUCCAGUUGAGAAAGAGAAAAUCCAGCAGUGCUACUCAGAGUACUUUUCUCAAACAUGCACCGAGUUACAGAUAACUUUUGAUGAGACGAACCCCAUUGCAAGACUGUCAGAAAUUGAGAAGCCAAGAGAUCAAGCUCUGUAUAGUUCCAGACCCGCCAUCAGGUGUCAAGAUGACAAGUGUGAAAUAGAUCUGGUGACGCUUCUGGCGCCCUUCGAGAAGUCACUGGAAGAAGAAAAGAAAGAGCAUGUUGAAAAAGCCAAAGAAUUACAAAAAUGGGUAUCAAAUAUCAGCAAGACAUUGAGAGAUGGAGAGAAGGCUGGAAAGUCUUCCUUUUCUAAGCAAAAGAUUUCCAGUGAGGAAAUUUCAAUCAAGAAGGAACAGUUAUCUGAAGCACUACAAGGCAUGCAGCUGUUUUUGGCUAAACAUGGAGACAAAAUGACAGAUGAAGAAAGAAAUGAAUUGGAAAAACAAGUGAAAACUCUCCAAGAAAGUUAUAAUUUAUUCUUCAGUGAAUCUCUGAAGCAACUGCAACAGUCGCAAACCUUAGGAGACAAGAAGGUAGAGGAGAAGCUGGAUAAAGUCAUUGCGGGCACCGUCGAUCAGAGCACGGGGGAAGUCCUUUCUGUCUUUCAGUCGGUGCUGAGAGGCCUCCUUGAUUAUGACACGGGAAUUCGGUUGCUUGAGACCCAGCUCAUGAUUUCUGGGCUCAUUUCGCCAGAAUUAAGAACGUGCUUUAACCUCAAAGAUGCCCAGAGUCACGGCCUUAUCGAUGAGCAAGUUCUGAGCCAACUCCAAGAACUCGAUGAAAUGAAGGAGAUUAUCUCUGCUGUGUCAUCCACCAGGGUUCCGGUGCUGGACGCCCUGGCUGAAGGUGUGAUCUCAGAGCCCAUGGCCAUCAGAGUGCUUGAGAUCCUGCUUUCCACGGGCUCGCUGGUUAUUCCAGCCACAGGAGAACAGCUGACCUUGCAGAAGGCUUUCCAGCAGCACCUGGUUUCCUCAGCCUUGUUUUCUAAAAUCUUGGAAAGGCAGAGUCUGUGCAAAGACCUUAUCGACCCCUCCACCUCUGAGAAGGUGUCUUUAAUAGAUAUCAUGCAAAGAAGUGUUUUGCAGGAAGACUUAGGGAUGCGGCUUCUGCCUGUGAGGCCACAGGAAGGAGGCAGAAUAACAUUGAAAUGUGGCCGAAAUGUGAGCAUUUUAAGGGCAGCACACGAAGGCCUCAUAGACCGUGAGACCAUGUUCAGGUUACUGGGCGCCCAGCUGCUUUCAGGAGGUCUCAUCAAUUCCAAGUCUGGUCAGAGGCUGACUGUCGAAGAAGCCGUGGCAGAGGGGGUGAUGGACAGAGACACUGCGAACAGCAUCCUCACCUACCAGGUGGAGACAGGAGGAAUCAUCCGCUGCAACCCCGCCAAGCGUCUGACUGUCGACGAGGCAGUCCAGUGCAAUCUGAUCCCGUCCAGCAGUGCCCUUCUGGUCCUUGAGGCUCAGCGAGGCUACGUGGGCCUCAUCUGGCCUCACUCUGGGGAAAUCUUCCCCACAUCAUCAUCUCUGCAGCAGGAGUUGAUCACCAAUGAAUUGGCCUCCAAGAUCCUGGAAGGGAGGCAGAAAAUCGCUGCUCUUUACAUCCCAGAAACUUGUCAAGUCAUUGAUUUGGAGGUUGCCAUGCAACUCGGAAUUAUAGAUAAUCACACAGCAUCGAUUUUAAAAAGUAUAACACUGCCUGAUAAAAUGCCAAACUUGGGAGAUUUAGAAGCUUGUAAAAAUGCCAGAAGAUGGCUCUCUUUUUGUAAAUUCCAACCGUCUAUGGUCCAUGAUUACAGGCUAGACGAGGAUGCUUUUGAUGGAGAAGAGCCAGUGGCAACUCAGAGCUCAGAACAAACUAAAAAAUUGUUCCUGUCUUAUUUGAUGAUAAAUAGCUAUAUGGAUGCAAACACAGGGCAGAGGCUUUUGCUGUAUGAUGGAGACUUGAAUGAGGCUGUUGGGAUGCUCCUGGAAGGCUGUGGUGCAGAAAUUGACAAGGACACACCCAUUGAAGAAUGUUUUGAUGUCUUAAGACUCCCUGAUGUAUCUCUGAGUAACACUGCAAGUAAAGAAAUGGGUGAAAGUCCAGCUUCACCAAGUAGUUUUGAUAAAUGUCAUCAGAGAGAACCUGAACACAAAGAAACCCCUGAAAAUACCAUAGACGAAGAGUUUCAGGAAUUGGAAACUAAUGUUAUCAGGAGUGAAUUUUGGCUGUCAGAAAAUCUGGCAGAUGUAAUCACAACUGAUCUUAAAGUUAAGAAAUCACCUGGUGUGAGUGUUCCCAGUUCCAGAUCACACUUAACACAGCUUGGACUUUCUGAUGUUAGCCUGCCCAGACAAGACUCUGAAAACAGAGUUGAAAAUGGUGAAAAUCAACGUCAAUUAGAAACAAAGGAACAUGCAGAUGAAUGUAGUCAUUCUAAAAACGUUCAGAACUUGGCAAGUGAUUUGAUAACAAAUCCUAUGAUAAAAUCAAAAACUAGUAGAGCCUAUGAUUUAAAUGAAACAGAAAAUGAAGAUAAUAUUAGCAGGGGUUCAAUUCUCUUUGACUAUUCCCCCAGGCUGAGUGCCUUGUUAAGUCAUGAUAAACUGAGGACCGAGCAGGAAAGUUUUCAUGAUGUACACAGUGCAGAGAGUAAUGGAAAGAAAUGUGAAACCUCUACAUUGCCAUUCAAUGACCAAACUGAGUCAUCAGGUCAAAGAAUAAGAGAAAAAUUUCAAAACCAGUUUCUGGGAAUUGCAGCUAUUAACAUAAGUUUAAAGGGAGAACAGGCUGAAGAGAAAUCUUUCAAUGUUGGUUGUAGUAAUCCUCAGGUAGAGUGUCAGAGUGAUGAAUUUAGUUCAGAUACUUGUGGUGAAGAUGAAAACACGCUUGCUACUUCUGAGCAGGAACCCGAAGAUGAGCAGUGUGAGUCCACAGUGGAAGGGUCCUCAGGUGCCCCGACCCCAAGGGCUGGUGGUCAUUAUGUUGGCCUGGCUCCCACCCACACCCCAUCUUUUGAAGGAACUGUCGGCGCCAGUGCUGGCGACUAUGAAACGUGCCCGCUGGAUGACCGGUGCAGUGACACAGACACAGACAGCGAUGCUGACUUCUACGACACACCCUUGUCUGAAGACGAUGACCACGACUCCCUGCUCCUUGGAGGUCACGCCUGUGACUGUCUGCAGCCCGAGGACUAUGACUCACUGCCAGAGGAAGACGACUGGGCCGCUCCUCCUGGAGAGGUUUUCUAUGACGUUUCUAAAGAGGAGGAACAUUCUGUGGGCACCCAGGCAGGGCUGGCUGAUAGCUUAGGUGUGAGGGGAGGAGCACAGUCUCUGCAGGAUUUUCUCAUAGGUGCUGAGAAAGCAGAGUUCGGUUCUGGUGAAGAAAUCCAGUUAAAUUCAUUUGAGUCCUAUGAAGUGAGUGGACCGUUGAUGGAAACUGUAUCAGAAAGGGACAGCACAGAUGACCUUGAAGGUGAUGAGUCUGAUUCAUUGACUGACUAUGAAACUGAGGGAGGAAAAGAGAGCUUCAGGAUGGCGGUAGAAUCUGAGGACGCUGGCUGCUGGGAAGGGAGAGAAAAAGACUGUGUGGCUGGACAAGGAUUUGAAUCUGCUCCUGAUCAUUUGGAUUCUGUGCAAAGGAAAGACAGUUACGAGGAUUCUGUGUCUGGCCCUAACGAGCAGGACGAGGAUGACGGUGGCGCUGAUGCUGGAGACGCGGGAGGGGAGGGCGCGGAGCCCGCGGGCCAGGGCACGGCUGCGGGCGGGGUCGUCCCCGCGUGUGUUGCCGCUGCUCCCGAAACAGAAAACAGCCAUGCAAGUCAAAGGAACAAUAAAACGAUUCUCCUGACUCAAAAGCACCAUCAUAAUUCUAAACAAAAACAGCAGUGUGUGAAUGUUUUACAGCCAGAAUCAAGUAGUAAAAGUAGCUUAGGUCCUGAAAUAAACCGCUUUCCAGAAGAUACAAAUGAGGUUGUUGGAAAAAGUGUAGAAGAUCUGUUGAAUCAUGAGAUGGUCCUUCAGGAUGAAUUACUGCCUAUCAUGAAAGACACUGAAUCAGAAAAUAUCUUUAGCCCUGUUGGUGCCUUACCUAAUACCAGUGUCAGUUCAGCCUCUGAACUUGAGGGCCACCUAAAGAACACAGAGCUUGAGCUGAUUCAGCCAGGAUCUGCUGACUCUGUGAAAGGUGGAAAUCCACAUUGUGAGAAUGUGACACUUGGUGGUGACUCCUCUUCUGAUAAAAUCAUUUGUCCUGAGCCCAGUUUAACAGGACAACCUGCAGAGGAAAGCCAUUUGUCAUUCACAAUGUCUGUAGCUGAUAACGAUCCUCCAGGCAGUGGAAGGGAUCUAAUUAAAAGGAGAGCUGACAAAAGCAAUGUACAAAUAGAAGAUGAAGCAUCAGUUCCUAAAAUGUGCGCAGGUAAAGGAGACGUUCUCAUAGAAGGCCCCUUAGAAGAUAAAUAUCCUAAACUUUUGCCCAGUAAAAGUACAAGGGAGAGUCUUGAUAUAGUUAAUAGUCUGUUUCCAGUCCCACAAACCACACACAGUGAAGAACACAGUCAGGAAGAAAGCCUUAAAAACACAGCAGUAGCUCUUAAAGAUGAACCACAGAACCUACCAACGGUAGUUAGUAGAAGUCCCGUUCAGUUUGAGAAUCUUGAAGAAAUAUUUGACUCAUCAGUUUCCCAAGUGAUCAGUGAUGGCAUGACUUCAGACAUGACCUUGUCCGAAGGGUUUACAAAGAUUGAGACAGAUUCACUCACCGAUGGACCUGAAGAUGAGCUUGAUCUGUUUACUUACUUAAAGCAUUGUGCUAAAGAUGUAAAAGCAAAGGAUGUACUGAAACCAGGUGAAGAUACCCCAAGCUGUAUUCCAGUCGCUUCCCCUCCCAGGAAAGAGCAUUUACAGUUAGGAGUUAAUAAUGCAGACGAGAAGGCAGCUUUUGCCCAAGAAGACUCACCUCCAAAGGAGAUGGGCCAACAGAAAUACCUUCCUGCUGAAGAAAGCACAUCAGGAAUCCCCAAGUUCACACCAGCAGGAGAUGAAAGUAUGCCUUCAGGCUUCCAUCUUGGAAAUGCGGAAGGCCUUGGAAAACACAUGGCUUGUGUGCAGUCAGACCUCGGUGCAGAUGGAGUAAGAAAUAACUCCAGUCAGGCUUUAAGCACUGACUGCUCAUCCUUAGAAAUUAACAGCGAGAAAGAGGGGAUUGAGCAGCCGAAAGGGAAAGAACCAGCCCCGUCUCCAGGAGCCCAGGGCAGCAAGGUGCAGGUCGCUGAACUAUCUCACGUCCUGGUGGAGGACGUCACGGACACCUUAAAAGGUAAUUUGAAAGAAGGUCGUGUGACUCCUCAAGAGCUUGGAAAACCCUCAGCCUGUGCAGGUGCUAACAUUCUAAUUCAGACCUUAAUUACAAGAAUUAGCUCAUCACAGUUGGUGAAUGAAACACCUGGUGUGCCCAGCAACUCUACCACCAGUGGCUGUGGCAUUUCCUGCACCAAAAACUCACCAGAAUUAAGAGCAGGGAGCAGAGAGGGUCCGCUCUGCGCUGCAAACCUCGAGUCUGAGUUGCUCCUCGAUAUACUUAAGCAAAGUCAGUAUAGCCAAAAAGUUAUAGGAGCUUUUGAACUGAUGAAAGAAUUAACUCAGAUGGAGUGUGAUCUGGAGGAAAAGGGUGGGGCAUCUGAACUUCUUCCUCUGCAGCUUGAAGAUGGAUUCUGCAAGCUGCUUCCCGAUGGAUAUUCGGAGAAGGGAGGACAGCGUAGAGACUUGAGUAAAAAAUCACCUACAGCUCCUGAGGUGACAGAUGAGGAGCCACACAGUCUUAAAGAAUUCAACAGCAAGGAAGGAAAGCCCUGUUCCCUAGAUUUACAAAGUGUGAAAGAGAGUGGCCCAGAAAACUCGCCUCUCUGUGCACCAGCUUUGUCAAGAGAUGGGAGGCUGAAGGAGCUGUGUGCUGCGUCCCCAGGCCGUUUGGAAUGUAUUUCAGGGUCAGAAGACUUGGCUUCUGGAGACAGCUCGAUGGAGCGAUUUUCCAAGGAGCUGCAGCAAUGUUUACAGCACAGAUCAAAGAUGUACGAGUAUUUGGCUUUGCUUCAAGACAUGAAGCCUCCCUUUGGCAGCCAAGACUCCCGGAAUGGCAGUCUAGAAGCUUUGAGAGACCAGCUGAAACAGUUGGAGACAUUUGAAUUGGGAUUGGCUCCAAUUGGUGUGAUUUUAAGAAAGGACAUGACGCUGGCGGAGGAAUUUGUAAAGUCUGUGCCGAGUGACUUCCCCAGGGGACCCCUCGAGGACCUGAGCAUGAGCCUCCAGAGUCUGCAGACGGCCCUCUCAUCCCUCCAGGCUGCAUCUUCAGAAAGAAUGAGCCACAUCACGCUGGCGAUCGACUGCGAGGUGUCUAAACUAGCCAUUUCCCAUGAAGAGUUUCUGCAGAAACUCCAGUCAUUCUCAUGUUGGAUAUCGGAGACGAGCAAAUCUGUGAAGGAUGUGGAGAUCAUGGCAGUUCGAGAUGCUGAACUCAUAAAGCAAAGCUUGGAGUUUCUCAAGAAUGUGUUGAAAGACCUCGGACACACCAAGACGCAGCUGGAGACCGCCGCCUUUGACGUGCAGUUCUUCAUCUCUGAACACGCUCAAGAUCUGUCUCCCACCCAAAGCAGACAACUCUUAAGGCUCUUAAACACAACUCAGAAGGGUUUCCUUGACGUGCAGGACUCAGUAACUACCCAGGUGGAACAUUUAGAGGCUCAGUUACAGCUAGAACAAGAUCUCGAUCAUCAGAAGCUGGUGGCCGAGCGUCAGCAGGAGUACAAAGAAAAACUGCAGGGCAUCUGCGACCUCCUCACCCAAACCGAAAACCGCCUCAUCGGUCACCAGGAAGCCUUCGUGAUUGGAGAUGGCACGGCUGAGUUAAAGAAGUACCAAUCCAAGCAAGAGGAAUUACAGAAAGAUAUGCAAGGAAGUGCACAGGCAUUGGCAGAAAUAGUGAAAAACACAGAGAAUUUCUUAAAAGAGAGUGGUGAAAAGCUGUCACAAGAAGAUAAGGCUGUGAUUGAACAGAAACUGAACGAAGCUAAGAUAAAGGGUGAACAGCUGACUAUAAAGGCGGAGCAGUCAAAGAAAGAGCUGGACAAGGUUGUGAAGACAGCAAUCCGAGAGGAAACGGAAAAGGUUGUGGCUGCGAAGCAGCUGGAAGAAAGCAAAACCAAAAUCGAAAACCUCUUGGACUGGUUGGCAAAUGUCGAAAGAGACUCAGGACGGGCAGCGAUGGAGCCAAAACAGAUCAUUGAGCAGAACGGGAUGCACUUUCAAGAGGGUGAUGGCAAGUCGAUGAUGGGAGAAGAGGAUGAGUUUAACGGUAACCUGUUGGACACGGAUGUUGACGGGCAUGUCAGGACCACCGAGGAGAACCUGAACCAGCAGUACCAGAAGAUGAAGGCGCAGCACGCGGAGCUCGUGGCCCAGCAGCAGGCGGUCCUCGCGGCCACACAGGCGGCCCAGGCCUUGCUGGAAACGCAGGGCCACCACCUGUGCCCAGAGGAGAAGGAGAAGCUGCAGAGGAACGUGACGGAGCUGAAGGCACACUUCGAAAGCGCGCUGGCUGCAUCGGAGACGGCGGUGCGCCGGACGCGCUCCUUGCAGGAGGAGCUGCAGAAGUUCGAUGCCGACUGCGGCGAGUUUGAGCAGUGGCUGCAGCAGGCAGAGCAGGACCUGCAGAACCUGGAGGCCGGCGCGGACGACCUCAGCGGGCUGACAGCCAAGCUCAAGCGGCAGAAGAGCUUCUCGGAAGACGUCAUUUCGCACAAAGGGGACUUGAGGUACAUCACCAUCGCUGGCAACAGAGUGCUGGAGGCAGCCAAGUCUUGCGGCGGGAGAGAGGGAGGAGGCCGGGCUGAUCGGGACCAGGUGGACACCUCUGCCGCCCACAGAGAAGUGCAGGGCCGGCUGGACCGCGCCACCGAGCGCUUCAGGUCCCUCUACACAAAGUGCAAUGUCCUCGGGAAUAACCUCAAAGACCUGGUGGAUAAAUACCAGCACUACGAAGACGCCUCGUGCGGGCUUCUCUCUGGGCUCCAGGCCUGCGAGGCCACAGCGAACAGACACUUAUCCGAGCCCAUUGCCGUGGACCCUAAAAACCUGCAGCGGCAGCUGGAAGAGAUGAAGGCUCUGCAGGGACAGAUAUCAAGUCAGCAGGUGGCUGUAGAGAAACUGAAGAAAACAGCUGAAGUGUUGUUAGACUCCAGGGCAUCUCUCCUUCCCGCCAAGAGUGACAUCCAGAAAACGCUGGAUGACAUUGUCGGGAGGUACGAUGACCUGUCUGCGUCUGUGAGUGAGCGGAACGAGAAGCUGCAGAUGACGCUGACCCGCUCGCUGAGCGUGCAGGACGGCCUGGACGAGAUGCUGCUCUGGAUGGCAGGGGUGGAGCGCUGCCUGCAGGAGCCGAGCCAGCUGCCCUUGAGUUCCACCGCUCUGCAGGAUGUCAUCAGUAAAAGCAUCAUGCUGGAGCAGGACAUUGCAGGGCGGCAGAGCAGCAUAAAUGCCAUGAAUGAGAAAGUGAAGAGGUUCACAGAAACCGCCGACCCGUCCACUGCAUCCUCGCUACAGGCCCGGAUGAAGGACUUAGCCUUCCGGUUUUCAGAAGCAAGUCACAAACACAAAGAAAAACUUGCCCAAAUGGAGAAGCUCAAAACCAAAGUGGAGCGGUUUGAGAACCUCUCAGAAAAGCUCCAGACUUUCUUAGAAGCCAAAACCCAGGCUCUCACUGAGGCAGAUGUACCUGGGAAGGAUGUUACUGAGCUGUCUCAGUUUAUGCAGGAAUCAACAUCUGAAUUGCUAGAACGCAAGAAAGAUCUGGAAGUUUUGCAGAACCUUUUGAAGGAGAUCUCCAGCCAUGGCUUGCCAGGGGAUAAGGCUCUAGUUUUUGAAAAAACAAAUAAUUUGUCAAAGAAAUUCAUGGAAAUGGAGGACACUGUCAAAGAAAAAAAAGAAGCAGUAUCUUCUUGUCAAGAACAGAUGGGUGCCUUUCAAGUCCUGGUUAAAUCAUUAAAAUCAUGGAUAAAAGAAACCACAGAAAGAGUUCCCGUUGUGCAGCCUUCUUUUGGUGCAGAAGAUUUGCAGAAAUCUUUGGAAGAAACCAAGAAAUUACAAGAGAAGUGGAGCUUAAAAACACCCGAGAUUGAGAAAGUCCGCGACAGUGGGGACUCACUGUGUAACCUGGUCAGCGCUGUUACCGCCCCCGCCAAGGCCAUAGCAGCAGUGAAGCCAGGUGGCGUAAUAUUAAAUGGUGAAGGAACAGCCACUGAUACUCAGGAAAUUUUGGCAAAUAAAGGCUUAACAUCCAUUAAAAAGGACAUGACUGACAUAAGCCAUGGCUAUGAAGAUCUCGGCCUCUUGCUUAAGGACAAAAUAGGCGAGCUGAGCACCAAGCUCUCCAGACUGCAGAAGGCCCAGGAGGAGUCCAGUGCCAUGAUGCAGUGGUUGCAGACCAUGAGCAACACUGCCACAAAGUGGCACCAGGCGCCGACACCUAUGGACACGGAGGCUGUGAGAAGCCAAGUCGAACAGAACAAGUUGUUUGAGGCAGAACUGAAGCAGAAUGUGAACAAAGUGCAGGAGUUGAAGGACAAGCUGACGGAGCUGCUGGAGGAGAACCCGGACACGCCGGAGGCCCCCAGGUGGAAGCAGAUGUUGACGGAAAUAGAUUCUAAGUGGCAAGAACUCAAUCAAUUGACAGUUGAUAGACAACAAAAGCUGGAAGAAUCCUCAAAUAAUCUAACCCAGUUCCAGACUGUGGAGGCUCAGUUAAAGCAGUGGCUGGUGGAAAAAGAACUGAUGGUCAGUGUCCUUGGGCCCUUGUCAAUUGACCCGAAUAUGCUGAACACACAGAGGCAGCAGGCGCAGAUUCUCCUGCAGGAGUUCGACACCAGGAAGCCGCAGUACGAGCAGCUGACCACGGCCGGCCGGGGCAUCCUGCAGAGACCUGGGGAGCACCCAUCCCUCCACGGGACUGUGAAGGAGCAGCUGGCGGCCGUGACCCAGAAAUGGGACAGCCUCACGGGCCAGCUGAGGGACCGGUGUGACCGCAUUGACCAGGCCUUUGGGAAAAGCACCCAGUAUCAAAGCCUGCUGAGAAGCCUGUCCGAGAAGCUGGCCGACCUGGACGAUCAGCUCAGCAGCAGCGUGGCCGGCAGCGCACACCCCGACGCCAUGAGCCAGCAGCUGGAAACAGCCCAGAAGCUGAAGCAGGCAGUGGAGCAGGAGGGGAAGCGGAUCAGCACGGCGCAGGCCCUGGGCGACGACCUGGCAGCCCUGGUCCGAGAAGAGUAUCUGAGAGCAGAGCUCAGCCGGCAGCUGGAAGGCGUCUUGAAAUCGUUCAAGGAUCUGGAGCAGAAAGCAGAGACCCAUGUCGAGCACCUUCAAUCAGCCUGUGCCAGCUCUCACCAAUUUCAGCAAAUGUCUAGAGAUUUCCAGGCUUGGCUGGAUACUAAGAAGGAAGAACAAAACAAGUCUCCCCCGAUAUCCGCCAAAGUCGAGGUCUUGGAGUCUUUAGUGAAAGAUCAGAAAGACUUCAGGAAAACGCUGACUGCCCAGUCUCACCUUUAUGAGAAAACCAUUGCGGAAGGCGAAAACCUGUUACUAAAAACCCAAGGAUCUGAGAAGGUAGCCUUGCAGUUACAGCUGAACACUAUUAAAACCAGCUGGGAUGGACUGCAGAAGCAGGUAAAGGACCGAGAAGACAGGGUGAAGGACACGCUGGAGAGAGCCCUCAAGUAUAAAGAGCAUGUGGGCACGCUCAGGCCGUGGAUAGACAGAUGUCAAGGCAGCCUCGAGGAAGUCAAGUGUAGCUUGGAUCCCGCUGAGACGGAGAAAGCCCUCGCCCAGCUGAAGGCUCUGCAAAAGGAGAUGGACCAGCAUUUUGGGCUGGUGGAGCAGCUGAGUGGUGCAGCUGGCAGCCUGCUCGGUGUCUGUGAGGUGGACCAGGAGGUGGUGGCAGAGGAGAGGGAGUGCCUGCUCCGGAAGGUGGACAUGGUCACCGAGCAGGUGCACAGGAAAAAAUUCUCCCUCGAGCACAUGGCCCAGAAGUUUAAAGAGUUCCAGGAAGUUUCCAAAGAAGCUCAGCGCCAGCUUCAGGGUGCAAAGGACCAGCUCGCGGUGCACGACUCCCUGGGGCCCCAGGCUCACAGCAGCAAGUCCCUGACCGUGUUGCAGACCCAGCAGAAAGCCCUCCAGACCUUGAAGUCACAGGUGGAUCUGGCCCAGGGGCUUGCCCGGGACCUCGUGGCAGAGGCCUCUGACUCCAAGGGCACCUCCGAGGUACUGCUCCAAGCAGAGACCUUAGCGCAGGAGCACAGCGCCCUCAGCCAGCAGGUGGACGACAAGUGCUCGUUCUUAGAAACCAAGCUUCAGGGCAUUGGCCAUUUCCAGAACACCAUCCGAGAGAUGUUUUCUCAGUUCGCGGAGUUUGAUGAUGAGCUGGACGGCAUGGCCCCAGUGGGGAGAGACGCGGAGACGCUGCAGAAGCAGAAGGAAGCCAUCAGAGCCUUCCUGGAGAAGCUGGACGCGCUCAUCGCAAACAACACCAAUGCCAAUAAGACCUGCAAGAUGAUGCUGGCCACGGAGGAAGCCUCUCCCGACCUCGUCGGCAUCAAGCGGGACCUGGAGGCUUUAAGCAAACAGUGCAACAAGCUCUGGGACCGCGCACAAGCCAGGAAAGAGCAGGUUGAAGGGACCAUUGUGCGCCUUGAGGAAUUCUACAGCAAACUCCAGGAGUUUUCUACUCUGCUCCAGAAGGCUGAGGAGCUUGAGGAGUCUCAAGGCCCCGUUGGCAUGGAAACAGAGACAAUUAAUCAACAGCUCGAUGUAUUCAAGGUGUUCCAAAAGGAAGAGAUCGAACCCCUGCAGGUGAAGCAUCAGGAUGUCAACUGGCUGGGGCAGGGCCUCAUCCAGAGUGCCGCCAAGGGCGCCAGCACCGAGGCCCUGGAGCACGACCUGGACGAUGCCGGUGCGCGCUGGAAGACCCUCAACAAGAAGGUGGCCCAGCGGGCAGCCCAGCUGCAGGAGGCCCUGCUGCACUGCGGGCGCUUCCAGGACGCCCUGGAGUCCCUGCUCAGCUGGAUGGGUGACACCGAGGAGCUCGUGGCCAAUCAGAAAGCCCCGUCCGCCGAGUUCAAGGUGGUGAAGGCCCAGAUACAGGAGCAGAAGCUUCUCCAAAGAUUGCUGGAUGACCGCAAAUCUACUGUGGAGGUGAUCAAACGGGAAGGAGAGAAAAUCGCCGCCACGGCAGAACCUCCGGAUAAAGUGAAGAUUUUGAAACAGCUGAGUCUGCUGGAUAGCCGAUGGGAGGCGCUGCUUAGUAAGGCCGAAACGAGGAACCGUCAGCUGGAAGGUAUCUCCGUGGUAGCACAGCAGUUUCACGAAACCUUAGAGCCGCUGAACGAGUGGCUGUCGACCACAGAGAAGAGGCUGGCGAACUGCGAGCCCGUUGGAACCCAGGCGUCCAAGCUGGAGGAGCAGAUUGAGCAACACAAAGCCUUAGAAGAUGACAUCCUGCAUCACAAUAAGCAUUUACACCAGGCCGUUAGCAUUGGCCAGUCUUUAAAGGUUUUGAGCUCCAGGGAGGAUAAAGAUAUGGUGCAGAGUAAACUAGACUCCUCCCAAGUGUGGUACAUUGAGAUUCAAGAGAAAAGCCACAGCAGGUCUGAGCUCCUGCAGCAGGCUCUGUGUAAUGCUAAGAUUUUUGGGGAAGAUGAAGUGGAGCUGAUGAACUGGCUGAGUGAAGUGCAUGACAAGCUGAGGCGGCUCUCGGUCCAGGACUCCAGCCCCGAGGGGCUGUGGACACAGCAGGCUGAGUUGCGGGUUCUGCAAGAGGACAUACAGCUUAGAAAACAAAAUGUAGACCAGGCACUGCUGAAUGGCCUGGAACUACUUAAACGAACAACAGGUGAUGAGGUUUUAAUCAUUCAAGAUAAGCUGGAAGCCAUUAAAGCGAGAUACCAGGACAUCACUAAGCAGAGCACGGACGUUGCGAAGACCCUGGAACAGGCACUGCAGCUUGCACGGCGGCUGCAGUCCACCCACGAGGGGCUGUGCGCCUGGCUGGACAAGGUGGAAGUCGAGCUGCUCUCGUACGAAACACAGGUUCUGAAGGGAGAGGCUGCCAGCCAAGCACACGCGAGGCAAAAAGAGCUGAAGAAGGAAGCCAAGAGCCACAAAGCCCUGCUGGACUCGCUGAACGAGGUGAGCGCCGCCCUGCUGGAGCUGGUGCCCUGGAGGGCGAGGGAAGGCCUGGAGCGGACGGUGGCCGAGGACAACGACCGCUUCCGCCUGGUCAGCGACGCCGUGGCACAGCGGGUGGAGGCCAUCGACGCGGCGCUCCUGCGGGCCCAGCAGUUUGACCAAGCGGCCGAUGCUGAGUUAGCCUGGAUUAAUGAAACAGAGAAGAAAUUGACGUCUCUGGGUGACAUCAGGCUUGAGCAAGACCAGACCUCCGCUCAGCUGCAGGUUCAAAAGACAUUCACCAUGGAGAUUUUGCGACACAAGGACAUUAUUGAUGAGCUUGUUAAAUCUGGACAUAAAAUCAUGAGCACGUGCAGCGAAGAGGAAAAGCAGCCUAUGAAGAAAAAACUGGACACGGUGCUGAAGAACUAUGACACCAUCUGUCAGGUAAACUCGGAGAGGUACCUGCAGCUGGAGCGGGCGCAGUCCCUGGUAAGCCAGUUCUGGGAGACGUACGAGGAGCUCUGGCCGUGGCUGACGGACACGCAGAGGGCCAUCGCUCAGCUGCCCGCCCCUGCCCUGGAGUACGAGACCCUGAGGCAGCAGCAGGAGGAGCACCGGCAACUGCGCGAGUUGAUAGCCGAACACAAGCCUCAUAUAGAUAAGAUGAACAAAACUGGGCCGCAGUUAUUGGAGCUGAGCCCGAGGGAAGGCUUUUCUAUCCAAGAGAAGUACGUGGCCGCAGACACCCUCUACAGUCAGAUUAAAGAAGAUGUCAGAAAGCGAGCUGUGGCCCUGGAUGAAGCCAUUUCUCAGUCAACUCAGUUCCACGACAAGAUCGACCAGAUCCUGGAGAGCCUGGAGCGUGUGGUGGAGCGGCUGCGGCAGCCGCCGUCCAUCUCGGCGGAGGUGGAGAAGAUCAGGGAGCAGGUCAGCGAGAACAAGAAUGUGGCAGUGGACAUGGAGAAGCUGCAGCCCCUGUACGAGACCCUCAGACAGCGGGGCGAGGAGAUGAUCGCGCGGUCCCAGGGCACGGACAAGGACAUAUCUGCCAAAGCUGUUCAGGAUAAGCUCGACCAGAUGGUGUUCAUCUGGGAGAACAUCCACGUGCUGGUGGAGGAGCGGGAGGCCAAGCUGCUGGAUGUGAUGGAGCUGGCGGAGAAGUUCUGGUGUGAUCACCUGUCCCUGGUGGUCACCACAAAAGACAUGCAGGACUUCAUCCGCGACCUGGAGGACCCCGGCAUCGACCCCUCCGUGGUGAAGCAGCAGCAGGAAGCAGUGGAGGUCAUAAGGGAGGAGAUAGAUGGAUUGCAGGAAGAGCUGGACAUGGUUAUUAACCUCGGUUCUGAACUCAUUGCUGCGUGUGGGGAGCCUGACAAGCCCAUUGUCAAAAAAAGUAUAGACGAGCUAAAUUCAGCAUGGGAUUCUCUCAACAAAGCUUGGAAAGAUCGGGUAGACAGACUUGAGGAGGCGAUGCAGACUGCCGUUCAGUACCAGGAUGGACUGCAGGCAUUAUUUGACUGGGUAGAUAUCGCAGGUGGCAAAUUGGCUUCCAUGUCUCCAAUUGGAACGGAUCUUGAAACCGUCAAGCAGCAGAUUGAGGAGCUAAAGCAAUUUAAGUCAGAGGCAUAUCAACAGCAGAUAGAAAUGGAGAGACUGAACCAUCAGGCAGAGCUUCUGCUGAAGAAAGUAACAGAAGAGAGUGACAAGCACACUGUUCAGGACCCACUGAUGGAGCUGAAGUUGAUAUGGGACAGUCUGGAUGAGAGAAUCAUCAACAGACAGCACAAGCUGGAGGGCGCCCUGUUAGCGCUGGGGCAGUUCCAGCACGCACUGGACGAGCUGCUGGCCUGGCUCACGCACACCGAGGGCUUGCUUGGCGAACAGAAGCCUGUUGGAGGAGACCCUAAGGCCAUCGAAAUCGAACUCGCCAAGCAUCACGUGCUCCAGAAUGAUGUGUUAGCUCAUCAAUCCACUGUGGAAGCCGUGAAUAAAGCAGGAAAUGACCUAAUUGAAUCAAGUGCAGGAGAAGAAGCGAGCAGCCUUCAGAACAAGCUGGAGGUUUUGAAUCAACGCUGGCAAAAUGUUUUGGAAAAAACAGAACAAAGGAAGCAGCAGCUGGAUGCUGCCUUGCGCCAGGCCAAAGGGUUCCACGGUGAAAUUGAGGAUCUGCAGCAGUGGUUGACCGACACCGAGCGGCAUCUGUUAGCGUCCAAGCCUCUGGGAGGUUUACCAGAAACAGCCAGGGAGCAGCUCAAUGCCCACUUGGAAAUCUGUGCUGCCUUUGAUGUUAAAGAAGAAACAUAUAAGAAUCUGAUGCAGAAAGGCCAGCAGAUGCUUGCAAGAUGCCCCAAAUCAGCAGAGACAAAUAUUGACCAAGACAUAAAUAACUUGAAAGAAAAGUGGGAAUCGGUGGAAACGAAGCUCAAUGAAAGGAAAGUUAAACUGGAAGAGGCUCUCACCUUGGCCAUGGAGUUCCACAACUCCCUCCAGGACUUCAUCAACUGGCUCACCCAGGCGGAGCAGACCCUCAACGUGGCUUCCCGGCCCAGCCUGAUCUUGGACACUGUCUUGUUUCAAAUCGAUGAACACAAGGUCUUUGCCAAUGAAGUCAAUUCUCACCGAGAGCAGAUCAUAGAGCUGGACAAAACUGGAACCCACCUGAAAUAUUUCAGUCAGAAGCAAGAUGUCGUUCUCAUUAAGAAUCUGCUUAUCAGCGUACAGAGUCGCUGGGAGAAAGUGGUCCAGCGCUUAGUGGAGAGAGGAAGAUCUUUGGAUGAAGCAAGGAAGAGGGCCAAGCAGUUCCAUGACGCUUGGAGUAAGCUUAUGGAGUGGCUGGAAGAGUCAGAAAAGUCUCUGGAUUCUGAACUGGAAAUUGCCAACGACCCAGACAAAAUCAAAACGCAACUGGCACAGCAUAAGGAGUUUCAGAAAUCCCUCGGAGCCAAGCAUUCUGUGUACGACACCACCAGUAGGACCGGGCGUUCCCUGAAGGAGAAGACCACCCUGGCUGACGACAACCUGAAGCUGGACGACAUGCUGAGUGAGCUCCGGGACAAGUGGGACACCAUCUGCGGGAAGUCGGUGGAGAGACAAAACAAAUUGGAGGAAGCCCUCUUAUUCUCCGGGCAAUUCACGGACGCCCUGCAGGCCCUCAUUGACUGGCUCUACAGGGUCGAGCCCCAGCUGGCCGAGGACCAGCCUGUCCAUGGAGACAUCGAUCUGGUGAUGAAUCUGAUCGAUAAUCACAAGGUCUUCCAGAAGGAGCUGGGGAAGAGGACCAGCAGUGUGCAGGCGCUGAAGCGCUCAGCCCGGGAGCUCAUAGAGGGCAACCAGGAUGACUCCUCGUGGGUCAGGGUCCAGGUGCAGGAGCUGAGUACACGCUGGGAGACCGUGUGCGCCCUGUCCAUCUCCAAGCAGAGCCGCCUCGAGGCUGCCCUGCGCCAGGCGGAGGAGUUCCACUCGGUGGUCCACGCCCUCCUGGAGUGGCUGGCGGAAGCCGAGCAGACGCUUCGUUUCCAUGGUGUCCUCCCAGACGAUGAAGAUGCUCUCCGGACUCUCAUCGACCAGCAUAAAGAGUUCAUGAAGAGACUGGAGGAGAAGCGCGCCGCCCUCAACAAAGCCACCGGCAUGGGGGACGCCAUCCUCGCCAUCUGCCACCCCGACUCCAUCACCACCAUUAAGCACUGGAUAACCAUCAUCCGGGCCAGAUUCGAAGAGGUGCUGGCCUGGGCAAAGCAGCACCAGAAGAGAUUGGCCGGCGCCCUGGCUGGGCUCAUCGCAAAGCAGGAGCUGCUGGAAGCCCUGCUGGCCUGGCUGCAGUGGGCCGAAACCACGCUGAGCGACAGGGACAAGGAGGUCAUCCCCCAGGAGAUCGAAGAGGUGAAAGCCCUCAUCGCGGAGCACCAGACCUUCAUGGAGGAAAUGACCAGAAAGCAGCCUGACGUGGACAAAGUCACCAAGACCUACAAGAGGAGGGCAACAGACCCUUCCUCCUUGCAGUCCCACAUCCCAGUCUUGGAGAAGGGGCGAGCAGGACGUAAACGCCUCCCAGCCCCAAGCUUCUAUCCCUCUGGAUCACAGACGCAAAUUGAAACCAAAAAUCCCAGGGUCAACUUACUGGUGAGCAAGUGGCAGCAAGUCUGGCUUCUCGCCUUAGAGAGGAGGAGGAAGCUGAACGACGCCUUGGACAGACUGGAGGAGCUUAGAGAAUUUGCCAACUUUGACUUUGAUGUCUGGCGCAAAAAGUACAUGCGCUGGAUGAACCACAAGAAAUCUCGAGUGAUGGACUUUUUCAGGAGGAUCGAUAAAGAUCAAGAUGGGAAAAUAACCCGACAAGAAUUUAUUGACGGAAUCCUUUCCUCAAAGUUCCCUACCAGCCGCCUGGAGAUGAGUGCAGUUGCAGACAUCUUCGACAGAGAUGGAGACGGGUACAUCGACUACUAUGAAUUUGUAGCUGCCCUUCACCCAAAUAAGGAUGCAUACAAACCCAUCACUGAUGCUGACAAAAUCGAAGAUGAGGUGACAAGGCAGGUAGCUAAGUGCAAAUGUGCAAAACGAUUCCAGGUUGAACAGAUUGGAGAUAACAAAUACAGGUUCUUCCUGGGAAAUCAGUUUGGAGACUCCCAGCAACUCCGGCUCGUCCGCAUCCUGCGCAGCACUGUGAUGGUUCGCGUUGGAGGUGGAUGGAUGGCGCUCGAUGAGUUCCUGGUGAAAAACGACCCUUGCAGGGUUCAUCAUCAUGGGAGUAAAAUGUUACGCUCGGAAUCAAACUCUUCAAUCACUACUACUCAGCCUACUAUAGCUAAAGGAAGGACGAACAUGGAGCUGCGGGAGAAGUUCAUCUUGGCGGAUGGAGCCACUCAGGGCAUGGCUGCCUUCCGGCCGCGGGGCCGGAGAUCCAGGCCCUCAUCCCGGGCGGCCUCGCCCAACCGGUCCACGUCCGUGUCCAGCCAGGCCGGCCAGGCCGCCUCCCCGCAGGUCCCCGCCAGCAGCACACCCAAGAUUCUCCAUCCUUUAACACGCAAUUAUGGUAAACCCUGGCUGACAAACAGCAAGGUGUCAACUCCCUGUAAACCAGCUGAGUGCCCUGACUUUCCUGUGUCAUCUCCAGAGGGGACGCCGAUACAGGGAAGCAAGCUCCGACUUCCGGGAUACUUGUCAGGGAAAGGCUUCCACUCCGGGGAGGACAGCGGCUUGAUCACCACCGCAGCUGCCAGAGUGCGGACCCAGUUUGCCGAUCCCAGGAGGACGCCGAGCCGACCCGGGAGCCGGGCCGGCAGCAAAGCCGGCAGCCGGGCCAGCAGCCGCCGUGGCAGUGACGCCUCGGACUUCGACAUCUCGGAGAUCCAGUCCGCGUGCUCCGACGUGGAGACUGUCCCCCCAACACACAGGCCUACGCCCCGAGCAGGUUCUCGGCCGCCUGGAGCCAAGCCUUCCAAAAUCCCCACGCCCCAGAGGAAAUCACCUGCCAGCAAAUUGGACAAGUCCUCCAAGAGAUAGUGCAGUUGGUUCCGCCACGGCCCUUCCUGAAGCCUUUACUAUUUAAGUCUGAGAGAUGUAACAUAUGAUGUAGAGAUUAUUGUGAAAUAUUGCAAGAGGUGAGUUUAAAAAUUCUGCAGAUGGCCUUAUUUGUGUAUUUGUCUUUUUCUUUCCUCUGUAUGAUUUUGGGUCAGAUAGUCUGGGGUUGGACUCACACCCUCUGUGAGGCGGGAGAGAGUGUUUGACAGGCACAGAGGUUCCUACACUGAGCACACGGUACCUGAAGGUAAGUCCACAGCCUCCCGGCAGCCAGCCCUCCACUGGGCGCUAACGUGAAGGAUACCUCAUGACAUGCCCCUGCUUCUCUGGAAACCCCGAAAAGCCAACAGACACCCCCAGGGAUCUGUUCCGAGAUGAUGUCAGUGUAAACUGCAAGAUGGGGGGCAGAGAGACAGACACACCCACCGCGGUUCUUAUCCUCCUGCUGACAGAACUCACAGGAGGUUCCUUUCCGCGCCUUCCCAUGUUCUGAGACUCCCAGACUCUUGUGCAUUUCUGCGCCCAUGGCUUCGCCCGAGGCCAGAGGCCACCUGGACCUGAGACCUAGUAUCCUGUAAGAGUAUCAUCAUAAAGUACAUUCAUCUAAAUGUGAGGUUUUCUUUUGCUUGAGUGGACAGUAGCGCCUGUACCAUUGAACUCAUUUUGUAUCAAAGCAAGUUUGCUUGCGGAAAAGCUAUGAAAUAAAAUAUGUCCCUUAACUACAUUGCUAUGGAAUUAAUUUUUUUCCCCAGGGAAAAAAAACAAAUCCGUGUAUUUUUUUAUGAGCAAAUAUCCAUUUGGAGUGACCAAAAGAGACUUAAAAAUGGGUUUAUUUUGAUUUUCUCAUCUGAAAUAAUCAUGUUCUGGUAUUAUAUCUAUAUUUAAUAAAUAUAUACCUUUUAAUUUAUUAUGUAUACUCACAUACUAUAGAAAGAUAUUAUUAUAGUAUGCAUUUAAUAAAACAUAUUCACUUGAA